CAAUUUUUACUUUAAAAAUAAUAAGGAGAAAAAAUAUGCAAAUAUGUUUAAAAUAAUUUUAAUAACUACCCUUUUACAUAUUUUUGUCAAUAAAUCUUUGAUUAAUUGUGAAGAUAUUGAUUUAUAUAAGAAAAAACAUCCACUACCACGAAUAUUGGCUGAUACGGAAAAUUGUCCAAUAAAUGCAUGUGAAGCUAUUAAAGUUAUGUCACAAUAUUUUUUAUUGACAAAAUCUGGACAAAAAUUACGUCCACAAGACUCAACACCGAGUCCAACACCAACAACAAGUUAUUUAGGAAAAAUUGAUCCAUUUACAUUAGAAUUUGAAUUACAAAAGAAAGUUCGCCAAAUUGAAAGUCGUUUAAGAGCAGUUGAACAACCUGUUUGGAAAUUAACAACUGGCAGUCAAGAAGAAUGGAAUCAUUGUACAGCUGGUGUAUGCCGUUGUAAUCCAGAUACAAAAACAUUCACUUGUUGGAAUUUAAAUUUAAUUUCAGUACCAAUAACACAAGUAAUACCAAUGAAUAUGGUUUAUAUUGAUUUAUCAAGGAAUUUAUUAUCAACAUUACAUAAGGACACAUUCCGUGGCUUAACUUUGCUUUUAGAGUUACAUUUAUCUAAUAAUAAUUUGGAUUUUUUACCAUUUGAUUUAUUCAGAGACUUGGACAGUCUUGUUCAAUUACGAUUACAAAGCAACCAUUUGGAAGAUAUUGAUCCUAGAACUUUUUGGAAAUUAAGAAAUCUUAACCUGUUAGAUUUGAGCAAAAAUAUUUUGAGAGAACUACCAGAACAGGUUUUUAAUAAUAUGCAAAGACUACGUGUUAUUAAUUUGUCAGACAAUCGAAUCAAAAGAUUUCCAAUUGGAUUGUUAAAUGAUCAGAAACAAUUAGAAGAAUUGGAUUUGUCACGUAAUGAAAUUCAGUUUCUAGAAAGUGGAAGUUUCUACCAUCAACAAGAGUUAAAAGUUUUAGAUUUUGCUGAAAAUCAAAUCUACAAUAUUAAAGACGAUGUAUUCUCAAAUUUGAUAUCAUUAAGAUCAUUAACGCUUCAUAAUAACCGUUUAACUGUAAUAACAAAAGAAUUAUUUGAAUAUAUGGAAAAUUUACUUUCUCUGGAUUUAACAUUGAAUAGAAUAACGAGGAUUCAUGGUGAAGCAUUUUCUCAUCUAAAGCAACUUAGAGAGCUUUAUUUGGGUCAAAAUACAAUAUCGACUAUUUCAGAAGGACUUUUUCUCAAUUUAGAAAAUUUAUCACGUUUAAUGCUAUUCUCAAAUAAUUUAACAUCGUUAUAUAGUAAUAAUUUCUUGGGUUUAAGGUCGCUAAGAAACCUGAUGCUUAAUAAUAACAUCCUUAAAAAAUUUGAUUUUGAUACAUUUCAGCCUUUAAUUAAAUUGGAAAAACUCCGUAUUGAUUCUAAUAAGUUACAAUAUCUUCCACAAGGAACUUUAGAUAAUUUACCAAGUUUGUUAGCUGUAAAAUUGGACAAAAAUCCAUGGCAUUGUGAUUGCCGUGCAUUAUAUUUAGCAAGAUGGAUACGAGAACAUGUUACAAAACUAUGGGAUUGUCAGCCAAUGUGCCGUGGUCCUGGUGAUUUAGGCGGAAAUGAAGUUGGUCUAUUACGUUACGAUGAUCUAUGUGAUGGACAAUGGGCAAGUAUGUUAUCAUUAUCGCCGAGACUACCAGUACGAAAACAUCAAAUACUAAAUCCAAAAAAUUUUUCCGAUUAUGUUCAAAUGUACAAUUUAAAAUAUUAUUCAACAUUAAAUCCUCAAGAUGUUGAAUCAACAACUCCUCGGUGGUUAGAUGAAUCGUAAAAGUCAAUAAAAUAAUUAAUCUUUUUAAAUUGUUGUAUGUAAUCAUAAUUUUAAAAAAAAUAUUUUCUAAUUAUGUAGGCACUUCUGCACAACAACUUCGACAACCACUUUAAUCAAUUGUUUACGACUACACUGUUAUUUAUUCAAUAUCAUUAAGGAAAAAUGCUGCAUCAAACUAUACCGGCAAGUAUUUCAAGACAACAUUCAAAUUGCUAACACCAUAAUAGAAUAUAACACUUUAUUGUAAACUUUUAUAGAUGUUGGGCUUGCUGAAAAGCAAGUCGGACUAAAUUAUUUCUUAUGAUUAAGUAAAAACACUCUUUAACACUCUUUGAAAAAUAUAUAUGAAGAAAUUGCAUUCAA